AUGGGAGAGAGCCACCAGGCCAAGUUUGACCCAAAGACCUACUUCAACUACUGCUACCAGUUUGCUGCUGUCCCGGGCCAGAAAGACAACAGCCGCUUCGUCUGUUUCGUCCUCAGUCAGCUCAGCAAGACCUUCUCAACAGGGAAGUACAGGGGCCAGAGGCUGAUAGAGGUGGGUACAGGGCCAACCAUCCACACGUUGAUCAGUGCCUGUGAGUACUAUGAUGAGAUUGUGGUGUCGGACUACGUGGACAGCAACAGGAAGGAGAUUGAGAGGUGGCUGAAAGCAGAGGAGGGAUGUUUCGACUGGAACGCUCACCUACAGUAUGUCUGUGAUCUGGAGAAGAAAAGAACCCCAGCGAUCAUCACAGACAUUCUCCGUCAGAGAGUUAAACAGGUUCUAAAGUGCAACAUCUGCCUGGAGAACCCGUUCCACCCUGUCACGGUUCCACCGGCGGACUGCGUCAUAUCCUCGCUGUGCCUGGAAGCGGCGUGUAAGGACCGCGAGUCCUACCGCCGCUCGCUGUCCUCCAUGGUGGACCUGCUGAGGUCUGGAGGGGUCCUGGUCCUGAUCGGGGACCUGGAUGAGACCUACUACACGGUGGGAGAGCAGAGGUUUGACUGUGUCAACCUGAGCGAGGAGUUCAUCACUGAGACGCUGUCGAAGCUGGGGCUGUCUGUGGAGGAGUUCACUCUGCAGCAGGCUGAGGACCGGGACAGCAACCACAAGUGUGACUACGCGGCCUCCUACCAUCUCAUCGCCAUCAAACACUGAUCAGUCAUUAA